ACGUUGGUUCUUAGUUCUCAGUAGCUACAUAUUUGUCAGUCGCUACUGUCAGCCGUGGCUAUCGAACGUGUAUUUACUGUAUUCGGAUUUUGCUAUAUCACUUAGCAAAAAUACUAGAAUCCACGUCUUAACUACAGGUUGAAGUGUCGGAAGUUGUCCUUGAUUGUGAAAAACACAUUUAAUCUGAGACUAUAGAAUGUAAUACUGUUUCAUUAUUUGUCCGUCUUGUUGAACAAGAAUGUAAAACUCAUGAAAUGGAGUCUAUGCCAGUGAUAACAGACUCAGUGUUUAUAUAAACUUAUAAAUAUCAAAGCUUUGUUUAUAAUGUCUUAAAGAGAGAAAUCAUAAAUAAAUCAGAAUGUCGCUACUUCCUGAUGUGUUUGCUUUGAACGACAGUUCACCUUCUAGUUUGUUUAACAUAAGUAUGGACUACAUCGUGUCCAACUUAAAUGUUAUUACCAAAUUGGAUCCAAAAAGUCGAUGGCGCCAACUGAAAGAUGACAUCAUAUUGCCUGCUGAAAUCUGCGAAAGACUACUUGAGGCCUAUCAGAAGAAGUAUCGAAUUAACGAUAACAUUGCAAAUAUGUUUCGUGACCGCACCAGAACGCGUUUAAACCGCGUGAAAUUGCGUAAUUCUCGCAUUACUGAUGAAGGUCUCCGUUGCUUGAUGGAGCACAAGCCUUCCGAGGUCGAGCUGAUUCAAUGCGAAUACCUUUCCCAAGCUUCUCUCGACAUCAUUAGCAACAACAGUGAAAAUCUAGUCUCUCUCAAGUUUGGGCCACUCACUUAUGCACUUUCUCAAGAUGAAAAUCUGUAUCGUCAACGCAGAUUUGUCAUUGAUGCUCCCAAACUGCAACGUUUGUCUAUACAUUGCCGAGGAAUGUCAAUCUUUCCUCUUUUACUUCUGAAACCUCUGCAUAAUCUAACACAUCUUGAUCUUUCUGAAUUCUCAUCUGCCGGUUCCACCUGGGCUCUGCAUGAAUUAAAGAAUUUAGUAACGCUUGUUCUGCAUAGUGUGCUUUGGUCAAAGGAAAUCAUUGAUUGGAUUGCUACAUUGACUAAUCUACGCCAUUUGGAUGUAUCCCAACCAAAUGAGAGACAUGGGAAAUAUAUGAACCCCAAUGAAAUAUUGACUAAGUUGGUGACGAGUUUGCCUAAUUUGGAAUAUUUGGAUAUAUCUGGGACAAAUUUGGCUGGCACUGGCUCAGCUGUUCCAGCUGCUACUGAUGGAAUGUCUGACUUGGAACAUGUCCGUUGUGAUAUACCGGGCCUUGUUAGUAGAGUUGAUAGGCCUUUAGAAUUUCUGGGCCUGUAUGGAACUCUUCAUGGUGCAUGCAAACGUCAUGACAUACCAGCCAAAGUGAUCACUGGAGAUGCAAAUGAAGAGCAGAUCCUGAUAGCUGGUUCUGUGUACAUGGAGAGACCGGCAAUGCUGACUCGUGUCCUCAACGACUUAUACUACAUGUUUCGCAGUAUUGAACACUAUAACUCAUAUGUUGGACGUGCUUUGAAUGUCGUCUUGACAGCAAUGGAGACCCAUUGCUUGGAGAAACAUAUUCAGAUAUCUGGAAGCGCAACACUAUUUUAUAUAGUAAAAGGGAAAGAUAGAUCUCGUAUCGGCAUACAUCUGAAGCGGCGUAUCAUCAAGGUGUUGUUGGAUGGUAUGGAAGCUCACCUCGGCGAUGAUACUAUGAUGAGGAAUGGCUGUCUCACGCUCUGCCAAUUCAAAAUACCCAAUGAUGUGUUGUUUGAAUACGAGAGGGUAGUUCAGAUUUUACUGAACGGUGUAUCUGACGUCAAUCAAGAGGGAUUCGUGCAACGUAUAGCGAUAUAUUUGCUAAAUUCGCUCGCCUGUCAGGUCGAUGGCACUCAGAAACGCUUUCUGGGAGUCCACGGAGCUAUCGGGAAAAUGUUGAAUCUGAUCGCUGAUCGUCUUGAGCGUCGUAUCUGUGACGAUGUUCUCGAAGUAGCCUGGUCUACGAUGUGGAACGUCACAGAUGAGACUCCUCACAACUGUCAACUGUUCCUCGAUAAUCGCGGGAUGGAGUACUUCCUCGCCUGUCUCAAGAGUUUCCCCGACAAGGAGGAGCUUCUACGAAACAUGAUGGGGCUUCUAGGGAACGUCGCUGAAGUCCCCUCCCUCCGCCCACAGCUCAUGAACAGAUUGUUCCUGACUGUAUUCUACGAACUGCUCGAAUCUUCCAGUGAUGGUAUUGAGGUGAGCUACAACGCGGCCGGUGUACUAGCUCACAUGGCGUCCGAUGGUCCCGAGGCUUGGACUGUGUUCGAACCAGCUCGUGAUGCUGUACUGGAACGUAUCGCCACAGCCGUUGAGAGCUGGGACCGCAGGGCUGAACGGAAUAUUAAUUAUCGUUCGUUCGAACCUAUACUCAGUCUGCUCCACGCUCAUCACACGCCGCAGUGCCAACACUGGGCUGUUUGGGCGUUGGCCAACCUGACAACUGUAUACCCCGACAAGUACUGCGGCUUGGUGGAGGCUGAGGGUGGGCUUCGUCUGCUGAAUGCUCUGCUGCAACAUCCCGGUCCAUACAGCAUGAUAAAGGACCUGGCGCGCCUCGUCAUAGACAACUGCGCCCGCCACUCCCAGGAUGCCCCGCGCGCGGACACACCGGACAAUUAACUAAUGGAAUUCCUUGAGGAGAUCGACCCUCAAGUGGAAUUGGACGAGAUUUGAAGCGCCUCAGACGCCAGCCUCGUCCAAGACUUCGACGGCUGUCCGUCGAACGUUCGAGAUAACCAUCAUGAACUCUAUGUGAAUAUGAUUUACUUCCUAGUUGAUAUUUUUUUUAGUUUUAAGCGAUCUCUACACGAACAGCUUUAUUGAAGAGUGAUUUUUUUUGUUAUUUCGUUUUUACCAACCUCCGUAUUUAUUUGAAUCAAAUGUAUUUUAAUUUUACUAUAAUGCUGUAUUAAUUUAUCCUAACCGUACAUUAUGUUGAGCUCUCUUCCGCUGGAAUUUGAUGAAAUCCAAAUUUUUUUUUUUUUUUGCACUCCUAAAACUAAUAGGUGAAAUAUGAAAUGUCAUUUGGGAUUUAUAAAUAAUUAGAUUUAAAUGGAAUUUCACAUUUUCAUGUAAUUUUAAAUGUCACUUAUAUUAUUCAACAAAGCAAAAAAAAAAAAUAAGGCCAGGUACGGAAGGUAAGAUAAAGGAAAAGACGGAUAUAAAACGUCGAUGGUUUAACCAAGGAACUGUUGCGUUGGGCCUUUAGGUGUAAUAAGAAUUUUUCAUUAAAUAUUUAUCCACAUUAUAAUAAAUUUUAAAUGUAUCGAUAAUCAACAAAUUUUUUCUCUUAUCUAACCUCUAAGAUAGAAGAUUUCAAAUUUAUUCUUAGAAUAAUAAUAUUUAGAUUGAUCUUAAAAUUUAUUUAAAAUAAAUGAAUGUGUAGUUUCAACAUAUAAUAAUAAAAAAAAAAUACGAUAAAAAAAAAUAUAUUUGUCUAGUAGUACAUUGGAUUAAGUCGUUUUAACAAUGCCAUUGCUGUAAAGCCACAGGCAUGUUAAUUAUUAUUAUUCCAUAGGCCCUUGAAUGCCAAUUUAAGCUAGAUAUCAUUUUAUUCAAACCUAUUUUCAUAUUCGGUGUACUGUAUUCUUUAGUGACGAUUUAAAAAAUUAACGUUUUAUAUAUAUUAAUUCUACGGGCAGUAUUUUUGUUUAACUCAAUACAAAAUUUAUUAGUGUGUAAGAAAAUUUUACUAUUUAUUAUGUGUGUAGAAGUAGUUCUAUAUUAUUGACAGUAGAGGUUAUAUUCACCAUUAUUAUAAGAUAUUCAAUAGAUAACAAGCUUCUUGAUAAUUUUGCAACCUGGCAACACUAUGUAAACGUCAUUAAUAUGACUAACGCUAUGACUGUCAUGAAUUCGAUUUCUAUAUAAGAUCUGUGAGUUAUAGCGCAAAUAGUGGAUGGGUUUUUUUUUGUGGAUUUGACAAGCUUUAAUUUUGUGUUUAUUGUUUUCAUUAUUAUAUUUAUAUGUUAUAUACAAACGUGACCACAUUAAUCGCAUUACCAGCAGACAGCUGUCACACAUCAAGGACGUUACAGUAUUCAUUUCUUAAUAUAUAUUUUUUUUGCUAUAAUUCUAUAAUGUUUUCACUUUAUUGUAGCAAUGUUUUCUGUAAUUAAGUAAAAGUAACCUGUUAGUAAAUUAUAAAUAUUUUUGUUACAAAAAAAAAAUUAAGUCUUAUUUACAGAAUUGUUAAUCUGUGUUAAUUUUAGUAAUUAUACCUCUUUAAAAGAAGUGUAUCAAUUUAAGGUUCAAUAAAUAAAAUAAUCUUGAA